CCUGUCAGAUCGGCACCAGAAGCAAGUGCGUGAGAGACGAGAACAUCCACUAAGGAACAGGAACGCCCUGCAACGGGUUACAAAACACAUUUCUGACAAUGUCGAAGCAUGCUGUAGUCCAGUUUGGUGUCGUUUGCGCGUUACUGUUUCCAGGAGUCUUUGGUUUUGUUCCUUCUCCAAAAAAUGUCAGUGUUGUUUGUCACAACUUUGUGAAUGUCCUCUACUGGAACUACAGUAAUCCAACUGAACAGACAAAAUUCAGGGUAAUGGUCAAUCCUUAUGAAAGUCCUUCCCAAACAGUGGACACCUCUCAGACGUACCUUGAUAUCAGCAGCUACAGCACAGAUGUGGAAGAUGAUUACUUGGUGUCCCUGACAGCACAUGAUGGGCAAGAGAAAUCAGAAGACGUCUCCAUUAGAUUCACCUACAGCAAAGACUAUUUUGAUGAGAACAAACAUAAAUAUAAAUGCUCUUUGGACUUUCCAGCUGUGAAUACAUCUGUCCACAAAGAUGUGAUCGAAGUGUCUUUUCAGCACCCUUUCAAGCUUUAUAAGCAAGAGAUUAUGAAAGAAGAAUUUACGUACAAAAUCACACAUGAUGAGCAAAUGGUAAAAUACUCAUGUUUUGAGGAUGAGGAUCUGUGCAAUGCAGAAGUCCACUUUAACCAAAGCGUUGCUGGACAGUGUGUGGAGCUGAAGCUUGAAGGGGUGAUUGCUGGGAUUCCUUCAUAUACCUACAGCAACGUUUGUGUCCCUCAGCCGACGCCUGAGACCGACAAAACGGGAAUAAUUGCAGCUUUGAUAGGCGUAGCGACCGUUGUACUCUUCAUUAUCAUGGGCUUUGUGUGGCUGCUUUGGAGGAAAUGGUCCAACAUCCCCCAAAUGCCUCAAGGUUUGUGGUGCAUUAUCUCCAAGCAAUCUCAUACAAUGCUUCUUUCCCAACCUGAGCCGACAGACAUUUGUCCAGUGACAUCACAGGGACCCCUCAAUUACCUGACUGAGGAAGACCAAUCAGUCUCAGCACGUGAUGACACUGGAGCGGAUCCCCCUGUGGUUUCUGAAGAGGGCAUGGCUGGUGAAGACUCUCAAGGCUUAGGCUGUUCGUCUGACUAUGACAGACCUAAAUUCCUGUAGGAGAUGAGUCCAGGGGACUUUACUGAGGGAUACUUUGCGUUAGGUCUAAAUGUGUGUAAGAACAGUGGAAGGUUUUUCCAUUUAUUGUGGAAAGAUGGCUUGUUCACACCAAGUCAUUGUCAUAAUUUUUGGGACCAUAAACAGUUUCUCACACUGAUCAGUAGCCUUGUGUUGUGUGCACGGAAACAAAGCUGUGUACAAUGCAGGCAGUGACGUCUGGUUCUCACAGUGGCAUGAUGUGUUUCCCACUAACCUGCAUUAAACUGAAUUAAUGUGUGAAUAAAAUAUUUUUGCUAGUGAAACAAACAAGUAAAAACAACAAAAGUUAAAAGUAAAAAUAUUAAAAGGUUAGCUCACCCAAAAAUGAAAAUUAGACUAUGUUUUACUUAUCCCAGAAGCAUCCUAGGAGUAUAUGACUUUCUUCUUUCAGACAAAUCCAGUAUUUGGCAUUUAGGUAAUUUAAACAAUUGUUCUGGCUAUUCCAGGCUUUGUCAUUGCAGUCAGUGGGUGUUACAGUCGAACAGUCCAUCAAAUAAAGCUUGCGCAUUCGUAAUAAAACAUGCUGCAGACGGCUCCGGGGGGAUGUAUAAAGGCUCCCUGUAGCGAAUCCAUGAGUUUUUGUAAGAAAAAAAAUCCAUAUUUCAAAUGUAAUAAACACUUCUCUCUUACUUCUGCUGACUGUCAUACACUGAAGCAGUUCUGGCAUAUGCAUGGCAUUAAGUGAUUAGUGAUGAAUGCAAAGGAAAAACAAAACAAAACACCAGUCUCAAAUUAAUUGAGAUUAUGUAUAAUAAUGCAUAAUAAUAUGAACAAGAUGAAAAAUUCAUUAAUUCAUAAAUUAAUUUUAAAAGUUCAAAAUCAUACGACACAGAGGCAGAGAAUACCAAAUAUGCAAAACAACACCUAUUAUUAAUAGAAAUAUGUACUAAAAAAGACCAAUAUACCAAAUAAGAGUGCUGCAAAAUGUUUCAAGUGAUACAGGUAAAUACUUUCAUAAACCAUUUGAAAUAAUUAAUUUGUUCCCCACACAUUUCGUGCCCAUAAACACAUUUAGGCUAUUCUUUUUGAAUUUGCAAUAAUCAGAAUGUGUCCAGUUCUCACACUGUACCUGAAAAUAAAAUAGAUGAAUAUUAGUAAAUGUGUACAGCUAAAACAGUGUAGAAUAUAACACUUAUUCUAAACAUUAAUACAUUAAAUUAAAUAUUCCAUGUUAAAGUAUGAAUAUUUAAAAUGGUGCAAUUUAUAUUAACUUUUCAUUCAAACAGCAAAAAAAAAAAAAAAAAAAAAAAGACACUCAAAAUUACUGUUUUAUCAGUUUGUGUUGUUAUAUAUGUUUUUUUGUAUACCAUUUUAAGCAUGCUUUUGUUAGGAUUGUUUUCCAGCAUGCUGCCAAAUCCAGAUCCAAAUUCCUCAUCACACCUCAGUUUUAAAAAAAAUCCUAGAUUUGGUAGAAAUGUUUAGAAUUGAAUAACAUCAAAAAAAAAAAAAAAAAAAAAAAAAAAAAAACGUAAACAAAGAUGAAACAGUUCAAACAAUGAGACCUCCAGUUCUUUUUAUGUUUGUAGGAACCUUCAUUUCCCAUUGGGUCGAUUAGAAGGAGUGUUUUUUCAGGCAUGUUGAUAAUCUAGAAUGUAAUUUCAUGUAAUCAUAAAUAUGUAAAAUAAGUAUGUAAUAUUUUUUAGAUCACCCAUGUAAUACAUAAACCUUUGAAUUACUGACCUAAAGCAUUAAAGAAUGUCUGCAUAGGACAUACAUACUUUCAACUGAAAAAAAAAAAUGCAAUGUUGUAUAUGCAUGCACGCACGCACACACACACACACACACACACACA